UGUUUCCCUCCUGCUCUCACCUGUAGCUCGCGUUUGAUCCCAAUGGACGUGGAUAUGGAACCCGUAGCCUCUGGCUCCGAUAUACGCGUCGACGAAAUACCUGAUGCCCCUAUUGUUCGAAAGCCACGAUCACCCUCCCCUCCGCCCCGCGCGUCCUCUGUCCCUCUCAAUCCAACUUUCGCCACUGUCGGCUUUGUCUAUUCCGCUGAGAUGAUGGCCCACCGCUCCACGUCUCAGCAAGGUCAUCCAGAGGAUCCAGAGCGGAUAAUGAAGAUCUGGGACGCGUUGACGGCGAACCACUAUGUGAAGCGGGGCAAACGGAUCCCAACGCGCAUGGUCCAGCGCCAUGAAGCCUUGCUAGUCCACAGCGAUGAUCUCUGGGACAAGGUCGAAGCGAUACAACAUAUGUCGUCGCAGGACAUUGCAGAGACAGAAAGGUACUACGAGCAGCUUUCGCUGUACGUGUGCCAAGCCACGACGCGUUCAGCUCGAUUAAGCUGCGGCGGGGUCAUUGAAGCGACGCUUGCUGUGGCCCGCGAUGAGCUUCAGAAGGCUUUUGCGGUCGUAAGACCGCCAGGCCACCACGCUGAGCCGGACGAACACAUGGGGUUCUGCUUCUUUAACAACGUCGCCGUUGCCUCUAGGGUCGUCCAACAACUGACGCCUGUCAAGAAGAUUCUCAUUCUUGACUGGGACGUUCACCACGGCAACGGCACGCAACGGGCGUUCAAUGAUGACCCGUCUGUGUUGUACAUUUCGAUCCACCGCUACGAGAAGGGUGGUUUCUAUCCCUGCGGGCCGUUUGGGGGCCUCCAAUCCUGCGGCGAGGGACCUGGCCUCGGCUUUUCGGUCAACAUACCAUGGCCAGAAGCUGGGAUGGGGGAUGCCGAAUAUCUGCACGCGUUCCAGCAGAUUGUGAUGCCGAUCGCCAUGGAGUUCGCGCCAGACCUGGUCAUCAUCUCUGCUGGUUUCGACGCCGCGCACGGUGACGAGCUUGGAGAAUGCCACGUGACGCCUGCAGGGUACGCUCACAUGACUUAUAUGCUAGCUGGUCUUGCAGGCGGGCGAAUGGUCGUUGCUUUAGAGGGGGGUUACAAUCUCGACUCGAUCACCAACUCUGCUUUGGCUGUGACAGAUAUCAUCAUGGGUGGGAGUCCUCCAGAGAUGAAGAGCAUGGUUCCCAGCGACGUUGCCGCCGAGACGAUCUGGCUCGUCGCCCGCGAGCAAAGCAAAUACUGGAAGAAUGUCAAUCCCAGAGCCUGUGAACCCGAGAAAGGCAAAGGUCGCCUCGGUGGCCCAUUCCAUUCUAGGUCAUACACAGAGGUUCUCAAGCUGCAUCGGCAAUACUACAUGCACACAGCGCAUGACAUGAUGUCAGUCCCGUUAGUUUCACCCAGCUUGGAACAGCUCUUUGCUGCUCAGGUCAUGUGCACGCCGAACAUAUUUGGGAGUGAGACACUGGUGCUGCUUGUGCAUGAAUUCGGCAAUCUGCGAGUGGAGCUGGCGUCGUCUUUGACCUGCGAGGUCCAACUGGAGCGCUCUUAUCUGAUCGAUUUUGCCAAAGACAUGCUGGAAUGGGCCAAGGAGCAGCAAUAUGCUGUUUUGGACUCAAUGAAUGAAGCGCGUCGGGAUCUUGCUACGUAUCUUUGGGACAACUAUGUGCAACUAUGCAAUGCUCAGACUAUCAUUUUGAUUGGACAUGGGCAUGGAUGUCGAUAUCUCAUGGAUCUCAUUGAUUCUCGUGCCUCGACAGUAAUGAAAACAGUCAAAGCUGUGGUCCAAGUGAUGGGCUAUGGAUCCUUGCGACCACCAAAGAACACGCCAGAACUCAGGCAGUGGUACAGAGAGAAUUGUUUGAUUGCGCUUCCUUCGAAUCACGAGAUCUACGACCCGGUCGUGAAAGACAAGGAGAAGCGCAAACACGGGACGCUAUUGCCCGUGGACGAAGUCAGGACAGUCAAGCUCAUCAUCAAGGCCUUCCCUGCGAUCAAAGCGUUUAUCAAGGCGCAGACGUUAAAAGUAUCAUGA